AUGAAGCUGGCCUCAGCCGGCCCGAUCGGAGCCCCGGCCCGGCCGCGAGCUCCGAACUCGGGCGCAGCAGGCUGCGGGGGAAAAGGGGUGGUCUGGCCCGGCCCCUCUGCUCCGCACUUCAGAACUACUUCUCUCCCCGCCGCCCUCCCAGAGCCCCCGGAGCGGAGAGAAAUUUUGACUGCCCCCUUAUCCAAUCAGAAGCGAGGUGAAGGACGAGAGCCAAUCGGAGCUGGCGGAGGGGCGGGCCUCCGGCGUGUGCCCGCCCCCUGGGGGGUCGCCGUCCGCCCCGCCUGCCCUCCCGCGGUCCCGCCAGCGCCCCCCUGGAAGCCAGAUGUGGCAGGUAAAAUAAAACAGGGUCUGUUACCUAGCUUGGAAGAUUUGCUGUUCUAUACAAUUGCAGAAGGACAAGAAAAAAUACCCGUUCAUAAAUUUAUUACAGCACUCAAAUCUACAGGAUUGCGAACGUCUGAUCCCAGGUUGAAAGAGUGUAUGGAUAUGUUAAGAUUAACUCUUCAAACAACGUCAGAUGGUGUCAUGCUAGACAAAGAUCUUUUUAAAAAGUGUGUUCAGAGCAACAUUGUUCUGCUGACACAAGCCUUUCGAAGAAAGUUUGUCAUUCCUGACUUUAUGGCCUUUACCUCACACAUUGAUGAGUUGUUUGAAAGUGCAAAAAAGCAGUCUGGAGGAAAGGUUGCAGAUUAUAUCCCUCAACUGGCCAAGUUCAGUCCUGACUUGUGGGGUGUGUCUGUUUGUACAGUAGAUGGACAGAGGCAUUCUAUUGGAGAUACCAAAGUUCCCUUUUGUCUUCAGUCCUGUGUAAAACCUUUGAAAUAUGCAAUUGCUGUCAAUGAUCUUGGAACUGAAUAUGUGCAUCGUUAUGUUGGAAAAGAGCCGAGUGGAUUGAGAUUCAACAAACUGUUCUUAAAUGAAGAUGAUAAACCACACAACCCUAUGGUAAAUGCUGGAGCCAUUGUUGUGACUUCAUUAAUAAAGCAAGGAGUAAAUAAUGCUGAAAAAUUUGACUAUGUGAUGCAGUUUUUGAAUAAGAUGGCUGGUAAUGAAUAUGUUGGAUUCAGUAAUGCCACGUUUCAGUCUGAAAGAGAAAGUGGAGAUCGAAAUUUUGCAAUAGGAUACUACUUGAAAGAAAAGAAGUGUUUUCCAGAAGGCACAGACAUGGUGGGAAUACUAGACUUUUAUUUCCAGCUCUGCUCCAUUGAAGUGACUUGUGAAUCAGCCAGUGUGAUGGCUGCAACCCUGGCCAACGGUGGCUUUUGCCCGAUCACUGGCGAAAGAGUACUGAGUCCCGAAGCCGUUCGGAACACACUGAGUUUGAUGCAUUCCUGUGGCAUGUAUGACUUCUCAGGGCAGUUUGCUUUUCAUGUUGGUCUUCCUGCCAAAUCUGGAGUUGCCGGAGGCAUUCUUUUAGUUGUCCCGAAUGUCAUGGGCAUGAUGUGCUGGUCUCCUCCUCUGGACAAGAUGGGCAACAGUGUUAAAGGGAUUCACUUCUGUCAUGAUCUUGUUUCUUUGUGUAAUUUCCAUAACUAUGAUAACUUGAGGCACUUUGCAAAAAAACUAGAUCCUCGAAGAGAAGGUGGUGAUCAAAGGGUCAAGUCAGUGAUAAACCUUUUGUUUGCUGCGUACACUGGAGAUGUGUCCGCUCUUCGAAGAUUUGCAUUGUCGGCCAUGGACAUGGAACAGCGGGACUAUGAUUCCAGAACAGCACUGCACGUCGCUGCCGCAGAGGGUCACGUGGAAGUUGUUAAAUUUUUGCUGGAAGCUUGCAAAGUCAAUCCUUUCCCCAAAGACAGGUGGAAUAACACUCCCAUGGAUGAAGCACUCCACUUUGGACACCACGACGUAUUUAAAAUCCUCCAGGAGUACCAGACCCAGUACACACCCCACGGAGAUUCCAGCGAAGGGAAGGAAAACCAAACCGUCCACAAGAAUCUUGAUGGACUGCUAUAAAGGUCUUAAAUCCCGAGGUUUAAGUCACUUACCUAUUUAAUCGUGGAAAAUGAUUAGGAAGAACUUGUGUAUUUCUAUCUGGUAGUGAUGCAUAUUUUACAACAUUUGUUCAUUUCAGUGUUACCGGAGUUUUCUUCAUUGUGCGCACAGGACAAAUCUGAUCUCUUUGGGGAAAAAAUAGAAAUAAAACAAUCUCCCUCCAUAAUGUGAGCAAUAUUUACCUCGUGCAUUGUACAAUUUGAUGUAAAAGAAGUAGUUACCGAUGCUAGCUUAACCGUGUGGUCUUCCCGACUUGUGUGUGUUGUGAGCUUUCAGUUUCUGGUGAUAAUCAGAUUGCAUCUAUAAAUUAAACUCUGUCAUACAGUCUCUCCUGAGGGGUCGAGGCUGUCUUUAGACAAACCGUGUGAUUUUCAAGACUUCAAAUAUAGAUUUAGUUUGAGUGUUUGAACAACAAUAUGCACUUAGGGUUGAAUGUUUAAAUUAUCUAUCACCCUCAAUUCACAAUGUGACUUUAAAUAUAUAAUAGUUAACUGUAAGUAGGAUAAGUAAAUUCAGAUUACUUUAUCAGGGAAUCUGUUUAAGAUGUUUGGUGACCAAAAUACAUGUGUGAAUAUAGUUAUACUUUUGAAAAACUUUCCUUUUUCUAUGUCCCCUUAGUCCAGCCCCUGUGCUCAGGCGUUAGCUAUCUGCCUCUUCCCUCUGGCCGGGACAGGGAGUGCUGGCGAACUAUGCAGUUUUCACGUUUUCACAGUCAGAAGAUCGCCUUGCACUUCUGGCGUCAGAGCGAGAACUUCACCAUUCAUCUGUAGAGGAUGAACCAGAGACCAAACUACUAAGCUAAGUAUAAACUAGUCCACUCCCUCAGUCUAAAAAAAAAAAAUGAAGGCACAGGCUUCUAUGGCUCUCAAAGAAAUUAUACACAAAUUUAGAACUGUUCUGCGCUCCCCAAGUAAUUCUGAUGAUGUGGGACCUGGGGCAAAUGACAUUUGUUUUCGAACCUGUCAUUCAAAGUCUGCACCAAGAUACUCGUCCUCUUUGGGGGGGCCACUGGCUUGCUCCAGGUGUCUUCUGAUUCCCUGUUGUAUAAUUUUCAGUGGGCUCUGUAGUUCAAUAGUAAGAAAAGGCCAUUUCACUAAAUGGAGACCCAUCACUUUUCUAAGGAAGGUGAUUCAUGAGUGAGGAAAGUGGGCAAAGGGGUCUUCAGAAGAGAAAUAGCGAUUUCCUAGGUCUUGCACAUACGUUUGGUCCUCUCAUGCCUCAGAGAUAAAGGAGUGUUACCGAGGAUUUCUGAUCCUAAGCACAUGUCCAGCACACACGCACACACAAAAA